AUGAUUGAUGGGGAGCUGAAUUCGGUUAUGAAGGGAAGAGGGGCUGAAGCUGAGGCUGAAUUUGAGAAGCUUUUGGGAGGAUUACAUGUAAAGCACUCUAUGGCUGAACUUUCAAAGUCAGAUAGAGGGGAUGAGGCAGAAGUGGUGAAGUUAUUACUUUUAACUUCUCCAUUUGCAGUGGUUUUCAUUGGGUCUGCCCUUUUUGCUUUACAACAGCUAUCCGGCAUAAAUGCUGUAUUCUACUUCUCGUCAACUGUCUUUAAAAACGCUGGUGUACCUUCAGACUUCGCAAACAUUUGUGUGGGAAUUGCAAAUUUAUCAGGGUCAAUUAUUGCGACGAUUUUGAUGGAUAAGCUUGGAAGAAGGGUUCUUCUACUAGGAAGUUUUUUGGGCAUGGCCGUAGCAACAGGUCUUCAAGUAAUUGCGGCAACUUCUCUUGUUUCAAGCUCUGGAGCAUUGUAUCUAUCUCUUGGAGGCAUGCUAAUGUUUGUCUUGACAUUUUCCUUGGGUGCUGGUCCUGUUCCUACUCUUCUCCUAUCAGAAAUAUUUCCCAGUCGAAUCAGAGCAAAGGCGAUGGCAGUUUGCAUGGCUGUGCAUUGGGUGAUAAAUUUUUUUGUCGGCCUGUUCUUUUUGCGCUUACUGAAGCAACUGGGGCCGCUAAUCCUCUAUACAAUAUUUGGUUUCUUUUGCUUAGUAGCUGUUAUUUUUGUCAAGAAGAACGUGAUGGAAACAAAAGGAAAAUCACUCCAAGAAAUUGAGAUUGCACUUCUACCUCCGGAAUAGAGAAAGGGGGGUAGUGAAAGUUUAUAAAUCUUGGCUACAUGAUGCUGGAGGAUUCAGAAUCUAUACAUUCACGAUACACUUGAAGGCUUGAAGACAUAAUGUACAUUCUUAGAGUCUUUUUCUAUAAUCCUUUACAUUUGUGUGUUAUUAUUUUUAAUGUUAAUAUAGUUUUUAUAUGACAAAUAUGAACGACUUUAUUCAGUCAAGUCCUGAAUUUUGAAAUACUAGGCUUUACCUUCGUCGAAUUUAACAAACGGUUUACAUAAUCUUUUAAAUGGGAGGAACUUUUCUA